AUGUAUAUGAAUGCUACGGCUGAGGAUGCGGCGCCACAAAUUGCAGAGCACCCCUCAAACGUGAAUACCGCCGUAAAUACCCUAGUUGUGGUUGAUUCAAACGAUGAUGGAACAGUCGCCCAGGAACUGGAAUUAGAGCAUAUGAGGAGUACAUUGGAAGAGGCGAUUGUGGAAACGCGCAGUACGCCUCUCGAAAAUCGACCGCGACUUCCCCGCAUAGCCCUAAGCAAGCGGAAUCGGGCUGUCGUGAGGGCUCUGAACUCAAUGCUGGUGACCCAUUUGGAAGCCAGCCGGGACCUUUGCGAGACGGACGCAAUUUUUUUGGCGCCGCACUGGCAGUGUGCCGUAUUAUAG